AUGUCUGCAGAGAUUCUAAAUCCACCAGCUAUAAAGCUAUCUGAGGAUGGCUCCGGCCAUUCAACAGUUACCACAGAUAUCCGCGGUAGGGAUGGUAAAUCGUAUAGCAUGAUUAAAAAUAUGCAUGAAUUGCUUAGUGUUCGCGGAACACCGAUUAUACUUCGCAAUGGUUUACCUGUGGAUCUGAAUGAGAAAGCAAAACAUACCGAUACACCAAAUUCAUUGUUCUUCUAUUUUGCUGAAAAAAAAGACCAUUAUCGUUGGCGUGUUGAAGAAAUUGUAACACUGUUUACGACAACAACAGAAAAGAAGAAGUGGUUGGAAUUAUUGUCAAGAUCCUUAAAAGAAUUGAGCGAACGACCAAAAACAUUGCUGGUAUUCGUCAACCCAUAUGGGGGUAAAGGAAAGGCAAAAAAAGUAUACUCAAAACAGGUACAACUGAUUUUCGAACUAGCAAAUAUCAAGUGCAAUGUUCUUAUGACCCAAAGGGCUAAUCACGCGUUUGACUAUUUGAAAGAACUUGAUCCUGACAUUUGGAAUUCGGUUGAUGGUGUAGUUUCCGUUGGUGGCGAUGGUUUGUUUAAUGAAUGCCUAUCUGCUAUAGUUUGCAGAACUCAAGAAGACGCCGGAAAGGAUAUUGCUGACGUUAAUGUGGACUCAUUAAGUACCCCUCGAAUGCGAUUUGGUAUUAUUGGAGCCGGUUCGGCUAACUCGAUUGUAUCCUCAGUUCACGGAACUGAUGAUUGCCCAACUGCAGCAAUUCAUGUUGCGAUGGGUAGCAGAUGUCAUGUAGAUGUUUGUACUGUACAUCGUGGUAACGAUCUCAUGCGAAUCUCAGCGAAUGCAAUUUCAUAUGGUUGGUUAGGGGAUGUUCUUUCUGAUUCUGAAAGGUUCAGGUUCAUGGGACCUUUCCGAUAUCAGUAUUCUGCGUUACGAACGACAAUUAGACAUCCAUCGUACUUUGGACGAGUAUCAUUCCGGCUAAUACCCGAAGAGGAACAACGUAAAGACUCGUUGUUUAUUGCCAAAUGUACUCAGCCUUGUUCAGCAUGCGACAGUGGUGUAGUUGAUCCGAUUUACCCGUAUCACAUUCAAACUGACUUCACACAUGUAAUCUGUUGCGUUAUACCAUGCGUAAGUCCAUUCACCCCCUACGGGCUUGCGCCAUAUGCUGGAGUUGGUGAUGGUAGCAUGGAUCUGGCUGUAGUACCUCGAGUGUCACGCUGUGAUAAUAUGACGUUCAUUCGACGGGUGGCUAUGCAUGGAGGCAAGAAUGUGGUUGCUCGUAGCAGUAACUUGAACGUGUUCCGUGUAUCCAGGUGGGCGUUCACCCCAUCUGCACUUCUCGAUGGUGUACCACAAGAGGAAGCCAAAAAGAGCCAAGGAUCCUGGAAUCUGGACGGUGGUAAGCACAUUUCUUCAAUUUUUAGACUGCAUCCACAACUGAUCCGUUAUUUUGGACGGGAACUUGACGUAAAUGCAAUCGAGAAACAACGUGGCGGAUGUAUGGGCGCUUGUAAUUCAACCAAAAGACGUGUGUCCAAAAUCGUUACCGUCGACCUACGCAAAACCAAGAAAUCCGCUUAA